CUCUAGACGCUGUGAGGCAGGAGGCACUUUAGAUCGUCCGCAGAAUUGGGACUGCUACAGAGGCCGCCACGGAGCCCGCCGGAGCCACCGUUCCUACUGCUGCUGCCGCUGCCCGAAUCGGAACCAUCGGGCCGCAGCCGCCGGCAAUGCCACGACGGAAGAGGAAUGCAGGCAGUAGUUCAGAUGGAACGGAAGAUUCCGAUUUUUCUACAGAUCUCGAGCACACAGACAGUUCAGAGAGCGAUGGCACUUCCCGGCGGUCUGCUAGAGUCACCCGCUCCUCAGCCAGGCUGAGCCAGAGUUCUCAAGAUUCCAGUCCGGUUCGAAAUUUGCAGUCUUUUGGCAAUGAGGAGCCUGCCUAUUCUACCAGGAGAGUGACCCGUAGUCAGCAGCAGCCUACCCCAGUGACUCCAAAAAAAUACCCCCUUCGGCAGACUCGUUCGUCUGGCUCAGAAACUGAGCAAGUGGUUGAUUUUUCCGAUAGAGAAACUAAAAAUACAGCAGAUCAUGAUGAAUCUCCACCUCGAACUCCAACUGGAAAUGCACCUUCUUCUGAGUCUGACAUAGACAUCUCCAGCCCCAAUGUGUCUCAUGAUGAGAGCAUUGCCAAGGACAUAUCUCUGAAGGACUCAGGCAGCGAUCUCUCUCAUCGCCCCAAGCGCCGGCGUUUCCAUGAAAGCUACAAUUUCAAUAUGAAGUGUCCUACACCUGGCUGUAACUCUCUAGGACACCUUACAGGAAAGCAUGAGAGACAUUUCUCCAUCUCAGGAUGCCCGCUCUAUCAUAACCUCUCAGCUGAUGAAUGCAAGGUGAGAGCACAGAGCCGGGAUAAGCAGAUAGAAGAAAGGAUGCUGUCCCACAGGCAAGAUGACAACAACAGGCAUGCAACCAGGCACCAGGCACCAACAGAGAGGCAGCUACGAUAUAAGGAAAAGGUGGCCGAACUCAGGAAGAAAAGAAAUUCUGGGCUGAGCAAAGAACAGAAAGAGAAAUAUAUGGAACACAGACAGACCUAUGGGAACACUCGGGAGCCUCUCUUGGAAAACCUGACUAGCGAGUAUGACUUGGAUCUCUUCCGGAGAGCACAAGCCCGGGCUUCAGAGGAUUUGGAAAAGUUACGGCUUCAAGGCCAAAUCACAGAGGGAAGCAACAUGAUUAAAACAAUUGCUUUUGGCCGCUAUGAACUUGACACUUGGUACCAUUCUCCCUAUCCCGAAGAAUAUGCACGACUGGGACGCCUCUACAUGUGUGAAUUCUGUUUAAAAUAUAUGAAGAGCCAAACAAUUCUCCGCCGACAUAUGGCUAAGUGUGUGUGGAAACACCCACCUGGUGAUGAGAUAUAUCGCAAAGGCUCAAUUUCUGUGUUUGAAGUGGAUGGCAAGAAAAACAAGAUCUACUGCCAAAACCUGUGCCUAUUGGCCAAGCUUUUUCUGGACCACAAGACGUUAUAUUAUGAUGUGGAGCCUUUCCUGUUCUAUGUUAUGACAGAAGCUGACAACACUGGCUGUCACCUGAUUGGAUAUUUUUCCAAGGAAAAGAAUUCAUUCCUCAACUAUAAUGUGUCCUGUAUCCUUACCAUGCCUCAGUACAUGAGGCAGGGCUAUGGCAAGAUGCUCAUUGAUUUCAGUUAUUUGCUUUCCAAAGUGGAAGAAAAAGUUGGUUCCCCAGAGCGCCCCCUCUCAGACCUGGGGCUUAUAAGCUACCGCAGUUACUGGAAAGAAGUGCUUCUCCGUUACUUGCAUAAUUUUCAAGGCAAAGAGAUUUCCAUCAAAGAAAUUAGCCAGGAGACAGCUGUGAAUCCUGUGGACAUUGUCAGUACUCUGCAAGCCCUCCAGAUGCUCAAGUAUUGGAAAGGAAAACACCUCGUUUUAAAGAGACAGGACCUGAUUGAUGAAUGGAUAGCCAAAGAGGCCAAAAGGUCCAACUCCAAUAAAACCAUGGAUCCAAGCUGUUUAAAAUGGACCCCUCCCAAGGGCACUUAAAGUGACCUGUUGUUCCGAGCCAGCGAACCCCAGCAGUAGGAAUCCGUACCCUAGGGAUCUGUCUGUCAUUUCUGUUGCUCUUGUGAUUGGCAAGGGCAGUAUCCUUUGGGAAGGCCACCCCCCUCAGGACUGUCCUGGCUCCGACCUUCGUGUACACUGCAGACGCUGGUUCUGAGGAACUGUUGUUUCGGCCUCAGUGAGGUUGCCUGGAUGGGAUCUGGAUUAGACUUGAGUGCAGAUCCCUCAUAGCACUGACCCAAGGAGUUCUGUCAUGGUACUGUACCUGUCCAGUCACUGGUUCUCCUCACGUCCUCUAGCCCCAUGGGGUUGUGUUGUGUCUUCUAAACUGUUUGUAAUUGUGCUUCUUGCCACUGGGUCACCAGACUUCCGAAUAUGGUUACCACUGCCUGGACCUUUCCAGUUAUUCCAUACAUGUGUGUUUUUUGGGGGCAAGGCCGAGGUAGCAUUUCUGAGUGUGUAUGUACUGGGAGAGGUCCUUUCACUUUGGAUUUCAUCUUGUUUUACUUCUUUAUU